AAGAUGGAGCUUUGCUCUUGUUGCCCGGGCUAAAGUGCAAUGGUGAGAUCUCAGCUCACUGCAACCUCUGCCCCCAUGUUCAAGUGAUUCUCCUGCCUCAGCCUCCCAAGUACCUGGGAUUACAGGUGCCCACCACCACACUCAGCUAAUUUUUGAAUUUUUUGUAGAAAUGGGGUUUCUCCAUGUUGGCCAGGCUGGUCUCGAACUCCUCACCUCAGGUGAUCUGCCCACCUCAGCCUCCCAAAGUGCUGGGAUUACAGGAAUGAGCCACUGUGCCCAGCUUGUGACCCCCAUUUAAUAGAUGAAGAAACUGAGGCUCAGAGAGGUGCAAUGACUUGUCCCAUGACAGAGGGUUAGUAUUUGGGUGGAGCCAGAACUGAAUCCAGGUGUCCAGUCUCCUUCUAGAGCCUGAAAUCUUUGCCAUGUUCAUUUGUUGAGCACCUGCUACAUGCCAUAAUCAUCACCACAGCCCAUCAAGUUCCUUUUUUUUUGUGAUGGAGUCUUGCUCUGUCAGCCAGGCUGGAGUGCAGUGGCACAAUCUCAGCUUACUGCCUCACUGCAACUUCCGCCUCCCAGGUUUAAGCAAUUCUCCUGCCUCAGGCUCCCUAGUAGCUGGGAUUACAGGCAGCACCUGCCACUACACCCAGCUAAUUUUUGUAUUUUUAGCAGAGGUUUAGUAGAGGGUUUCACUAUGUUGGCCAGGCUGGUCUCGAACUCCUGACCUCAGGUGAUCCACCUACCUCAGCUUCCCAAAGUGCUCAGGGAUUACAGGUGUAAGCCACCAUACCCAGCCUUAAGUUCCUUUUUUUGGAGAAGGAGUUUUGCUCUUGUUACCCAGGCUGGAGUGCAAUGGUGCAAUCUCGGCUCACCGCAACCUCCGCCUCCUGGGUUCAGGCAAUUCUCCUCCCUCAGCCUCCUGAGUAGCUGGGAUUACAGGCACGCGCCACCAUGCCCAGCUAAUUUUUUUGUAUUUUUAAUAGAGACGGGGUUUCACCGUGUUGACCAGGAUGGUCUCGAUCUCUUGACCUCAUGAUCCACCCGCCUCGGCCUCCCAAAGUGCUGGGAUUACAGGUGUGAGCCAUCGUGCCUGUCCCCCCUCCUUUUUUUUAACAGAUGAGGAAAUGGAGGCACAGAGAGUUGAACUUGCCAGAAGUAACUCAGCAGGAUGCAGUGUGUCCUGCUCCAAUACCGAGCCUAGGUCUGAGUGCCCAGGCAGGACUUCAGCUGAUUUGGGGAGCUAUCCACUGCCAAGGGGACUGGGCUGGACUUGUUUGCCCAGGGGCCCCAGCCUGGCCCAGGUCACCCUGGCAUGAGGAGAUGGGCCUGAUGCUCCUGGUCCUGCUGCUCCUGGUCCUGCCACUCCUGCUUCCUGUCACCUACGGAUUGCCUUUCUACAAUGGCUUCUACUAUUCCAACAGCGCCAACGACCAGAACGCAGGCAAUGGCCAUGGCAAAGACCUCCUCAAUGGAGUGAAGCUGGUGGUGGAGACACCCGAGGAAACCCUGUUCACCUACCAAGGGGCCAGCGUGAUCCUGCCCUGCCGAUACCGCUAUGAGCCAGCCCUGGUCUCCCCGAGGCACGUGCGCAUCAAAUGGUGGAAGCUGUCAGAGAAUGGGGCCCCAGAGAAGGAUGUGCUGGUGGCCAUCGGGCUGAGGCACCGCACCUUUGGGGACUACCAAGGCCGUGUGCACCUGCGGCAGGACAAGGAGUAUGAUGUGUCGCUGGAGAUCCAGGAUCUGCGGCUGGAGGACUAUGGGCGUUACCGCUGUGAGGUCAUUGAUGGGCUGGAGGAUGAGAGCGGUCUGGUGGAGCUGGAGCUGCGGGGUGUGGUCUUUCCCUACCAGUCUCCCCAAGGGCGCUACCAGCUCAACUUCCACGAGGGCCAGCAGGUCUGUGCGGAGCAGGGUGCAGUGGUGGCCUCCUUUGAGCAGCUCUUCCGGGCCUGGGAGGAGGGCCUGGACUGGUGCAACGCAGGCUGGCUGCAGGACGCCACGGUGCGGUACCCCAUCAUGCUGCCCCGCCAGCCCUGCGGCGGCCCCGGCCUGGCACCUGGUGUGCGAAGCUAUGGCCCCCGCCACCGCCGCCUGCACCGCUAUGAUGUGUUCUGCUUCGCCACUGCCCUCAAGGGGCGGGUGUACUACCUGGAGCAUCCUGAGAAGCUGACACUGACAGAGGCGAGAGAGGCCUGCCAGGAAGAUGGUGCCACGAUCGCCAAGGUGGGACAGCUCUUUGCUGCCUGGAGGUUCCAGGGCCUGGACCGCUGUGAUGCUGGCUGGCUGGCAGAUGGCAGCGCCCGCUACCCUGUGGUUCACCCGCAUCCCAACUGCGGGCCCCCUGAGCCUGGGGUCCGAAGCUUUGGCUUCCCUGACCCACAGAGCCGCCUGUAUGGUGUUUACUGCUACCGGCGGCACUAGGACCUGGGCCCUCCCAUACGGCUUUCCCACACCAGCUGUGUAUUUAUUUAGUGGUUCAUUUUCCCUUGUGGGUUGGGGCUGUUUUAACUGUUUUUAUACUUCUCAAUUUAAUUUUCUUAACAUUUUUUUACUAUUUUUUGUAAAACACUCAGAACCCAGUACCUCCCUUUGCUCCUGGAUGCCCCACUCCAGGAAUCCUCCUGCCGGCUCCUCUGGGCCAUUUGCAGUUUCUUGGGCUUCUGGAGGGUUCCCAGCCAUCCAGGCUGGUCUCCCUUCAUUAAGGGGGUUGGUGCCCAGCGCAGGUGGUUGCUUGCCCAGAAUGCUGCUGGAAGUCAGGGCAUGGUGGACACAGCUCUCCCUGCCCCUCAGCCUGGGGAAGAAGAGGGCCUUGGGGACCUCUACAGCUGGGCUUUAGGCCUCUCCUGCCCCCUUUGACUUCUCUGUGAAGCUGGUAACCCCAGUCUGCCCACUGAGGGGGCCAGGGCCGGAAGCCAGUUCUAGGCUUCUGGGUGAAAUCCGAGGGAAGGGAGAAAUUCCCCUCCCCACCCCCCACCUUAGUUCCAAAGAGUGUAUUGUUCUCGUUUGUUUCUCAUUUUUUCCUGUGUGGGGAGGGGACCUCGGGUGUGUGUACUUUCUUGGGACAAUAAAUGGUGCUACAACAGCCUUCUGCCA